AUGGCUUCCGACAACUCACACAAGUCCGGCAAACUGGGUGUGGCUAAUGGCGUCUACAUCCCGGUUUGCCUCAACAUUGUUAGUAUUCUUAUGUUUCUGCGGUUCGGUUCGAUCCUCGGUCACAUUGGAGUUUUGGGGAUGCUAGGGCUUCUUGUGGUCUCGUAUCUUAUCGAUCUGGUGACCGCGCUCUCGCUCUCUGCCGUUGCCUCUAAUGGCGAGGUAAAGGGAGGAGGCGCCUAUUAUCUCAUCUCCAGGUCGUUAGGCCCCGAGUUCGGCGGCUCUAUUGGCAUUCUGUUCUACCUUUCACAGGUACUCAACACUGCCCUCAAUGUAGUUGGUCUCAUCAGCUGCCUGGAGCUUUAUUUUGCCGACCAGAUGCUUCAUGGAUUCUGGGGCAUAUACUUGCUCGAGACAGCUGCUCUUGUGGGAUGUACGGCCAUGUGUCUUGCCGGGAGUGGCAUGUUUGCCAAGGCAAGCAACGCUCUGCUUGUGAUCCUCUUGGUGUCUACGUUCAGCAUCCCCGUAUCGGCUAUGUUCCUGCGUCCCUUCAGUAACCCAAGCCUUGGGAUUGAGUUCACUGGAAUGAGCAUGGCCACGUUGAAGACGAACCUUUUCCCAGAUACUGGCAGCGAUAGUCAGUUCCAGGGCCUUUCGACUUUCCGCGAGCUCUUUGGUAUUCUUUUCCCGGCCACUUCUGGCAUCUUUGCCGGAGCUUCUAUGUCGGGUGACCUGCGCAAUCCGAGCAAGGCCAUUCCUAAGGGAACACUUUGGGCUAUGUUGUCGACAUUUGUGAUAUACCUUCUGGUCAUUGUCUCUAUGGCCUCUGCAAUCACACAGACGUCUCUUCUCCGAGAUGCCAAUAUCCUACAGGACACUACCCUCUCUGCUCCUCUCAUUCUUGCUGGAGAAUGCGCUACAACAUUUUUCUCGGCGCUUAUGGGUCUCAUAGGUUCCGCGAAACUCCUCCAGGCAUUGGCGCGAGACAAGCUGAUCCCUGGCCUGUCUCCGUUUGGUUUAGGGACCAAGAAAGGCGAUGAGCCUGUACUUGCCAUUUUCCUAACCUACAUGAUUGCACAGCUGUCCUUGUUUGCUGAUUUGGAUCAGAUUGCAACUUUUAUUUCUAUGGGAUACCAGCUGACUUUCUUCACCAUGAACUUGGCCUGCUUUUUACUCAAGAUUGGCUCGGCACCCAACUUUCGUCCUGCAUUCAAGUUCUUCAGUUGGCAUACUGCAUUCGCUGGAAGUCUUUUGUCGGCCUUUGCAAUGUUCUUCAUCGACGAGACUUAUGCGACCAUGGCUGUCAUUUUGCUCGUGUUCCUUUUCCUCCUGAUCCACUACUUGUCCCCUCCAAAGCAUUGGGGCGAUGUGUCUCAGAACCUCAUCUACCAUCAGGUUCGGAAGUACCUUCUUCGGCUACGACCCGAACACAUCAAGUUUUGGCGCCCACAAAUCAUUCUUCUCGUCGGUGACCCUCGGCGGCAAACACGCCUGGUACAAUUUUGUAAUUCGAUGAAGAAAGGCUCUCUCUACAUACUGGGGCAUGUCAUUGUUACAGACGAUUUUGAGACUGGCGUUCAAGAGGCUAAACUACAGCAGUCGGCCUGGACAAAGUACAUCUCGGAGUAUUCCCGCAUCAAGGCUUUUGUACAGCUAAACAUGUCGCCCACCAUAACUUGGGGUAUCAGGAAUCUCAUCCUCUCCGCGGGACUUGGCGGCAUGCGGCCCAACAUCGCCGUGAUUGGUUUCUUCAAUACGGACGAGCUCCGAAAGCUGCAGGCAAAGGGUGGCUUACAAGGUGUCUCAGAACUUCCCCGAGCUGCGUCUGCACCUGCUAACAUGGUGGUUGAUGAUUCCUCCGAGGACGAGGUACGCCCAACCAUGCGACGGCGGCGCGAUACUUCUGCAAGGCUCCUGGAUGGAGACUUGCCCACAGAUGUGAUCAAGAGGGAAGGCAACAUGUCGGUCACUAGUUACCUCACCAUCUUGGAGGAUCUUGCCUUCAAGCACAGACUCAAUGUUGCUGUUGCCAAAGGAUUUGAUCGCCUGGAGACGCCGCGACGUGAUGGCAAGAAUUCCAAGAAAUAUAUUGAUCUCUGGCCAAUUCAGAUGUCUGCCCGAGUGCACGCUGACGGGAAAAGCGUUAUAACUAGUAACUUUGACACAUAUACGCUAAUCUUACAGCUUGGUUACAUUUUACGUACCUGUCAAACUUGGAGGCGUGUCUUCCAACUGCGAGUUAUGGUAUUCGUCGAGUACGCAUCGGAAGUUCAAGAGGAAAAGCAAAGGGUGUCGGCAUUACUAGAAAAGUUGAGGAUCGAUGCCGACGUGCAUGCAUUCUCACUGGAUUCCGAUAAGCUGCACACCUACCAGGGCAUCGUCCACGGAGAGUUCAAGGAUCCGCAAAUAGAGAACAUGCUCAACAGAGCCCUAGAUUCCGACUGGUGGGAUGAGCUGAAAGUAAUUCGACUCUCCCAGCGCCAAGGCUCAGAGGUUGAUAACCAAGAUGACGAGUCCGGGUCGGAGGUUCCCAGGAGACGGUCGACCGUCUCAUAUGUGUCGGGAAGGUCUCGCCGGAGGCCUACCGUAUCCCUUCUCUCGCAGAUGGGCUUUAAUCUGGGAAUACAUGCGCAAAAUCUUCCUCGAAAGAUUUUCCGUUCCAGCUCCAGAACACCUAACGAUUCAGGUAGUGAAAGCAGUAGCUCGGACGAUGAAGUCGACGCGGAUUUCAACGAGCCUGAACACGAUGGAAACAUAUCAGGAAUCAUGGGGUCACCUAGAUCAAGGAUUUCGCUCGGCAAUGACAGAUUGCAGCGGAGCAGUUACGGAAGCUUGCGCUCUAUCGGCCCGGCAACACAGCGCAUAUUAGAAAUUGAGCGCCAACCACUUCUUCGGGCAUCCGCGUCAGCGCGAUCAUAUGGAGCCAUGCCUACUGAUCAUUUGUCUCCUGCGAGCGGCGGUAUCGCGACUACAAAAUCAUUCGAAGGACGAGAUGGUUCGAUAUCGAGAGAAGACACCCUAGCAGUAACCCAACCACCAUCCCGAGCUAGAUCGCCCACAUCAGGAUCUCAAACCCUCAAACCAGAAGAGGGGCCGGCCCGGCGUCCCGGGUUCACGAGGGCAAACUCAUCUAAUCGAUUCGUCAGCUCUUUGGUACCGGAAACCAAGAUCAUCGAUGUCGGAGGUGCAGCUGGACCCAGCCUUGGUUUUGCUUCUCCGGAAAGCGAGUCAGCUGGUCAAUUUAAGGCAACCUUGGCGGAAACAGGAGGGGAUGCGACAGAUGAUGUGAAAAUCGACAUACCGGAGCUACUCGCAGCUCAGCAAAAAGGUGAUGGGGGGAGAAGCCGUUCUGAUAGUCAUCACAACGACGAGGCGGGUGGAGGAAGCGAGUCGCACCAAGGAAGCCAGGCUGCGGUCAAACUCUCCUUCAACGACCUGCCAAGCCGUGCGCAGCACCUGAUCAUCAACGAGCUGAUGAGGCAGCAAAGCGAGGACACGGCCGUAUUGUUUACCACACUUCCUAUUCCCGAGGAAGGUAUAUGUGAGAGUGAGGGGGCUAGUGUGCAAUACCUGUCGGACGUGGAGGUGCUUUGUCAUGAAUUGCCGCCAACUCUGAUGCGAGCGGUCAUGGAGAUUAAAAGCAAACCGAGGGGGUUUUACAGCAGAGGCGGCAGCGGAAGUAGCAGGAGCAGGAGCAGCAACAACACCAGCAGGUCCGCAUCCAGCGGUCGUCGAGACAGGAGCAGCAGUAGUCGCCAAACAUCGAAGCUCAGGGAGUUUGUCCCCGUGCACACGCCCGACCGGCCGACGCACCCAGUCACCGACAUACCAUCGGACGAGGAGUGUUAUGCCAUUCUCUCGGGGAUUCAGGCACACAACAUUCAGGGGCAGAGCCGGGAUUCAUGCGCAGAAAACAGGGUGGCGACUUGGAGUGUGAGCGGCGAGUCGGCUUUGCCCCAUGCAGGGAGCCCGACGCUGAGUCCGCCAGUCCAGAGGAGGGCCGUCUCCACGGAAUCCUCGUCAGGAAACACGGUCGGCAUCAAUGAUAUUAUGAACAGUUUCGAAAGUCGGCAAAAUCCAAAGGUUGAACCUUCACCCAGAAGCACUACCGAUAGUGAUUUCUCAUCUAUUAUCCCCGUGUCUCCGGAAAGCACGUAUCGGAUGCCGCCGGAAGUCACAGCGUGGCCAGGAAGUGCUGCUGCAAACACAUUUCAACGCAUGCGGCAGCAUUUUUCACCGUCACCUCCUGAAUCGGAGUGUCCAGCGGAUCAAGCUGAACAGCAGACUUGGUCUUUCCAAGGAACCGCAAUAAACUACCGCGACCAUUCGGGUAUGCUGCCCAGCCCGGCCCAGUCUAUCUCGAUACCUCCCGUUCCAAUAACGCUCAGCAGGCAGGCGUUGUCAUUGUAUAAUCGUGAGUCCGUCUAUCCGGACGCACUGACGCCGACUCGUUGGAACAUGGACCAAAACGGCCCCAGGUCAGCACCUCCUUUCACGGGGCGCGCCCCGCCCGCCGCCGUCCCACCCAGACCGUCGAACCAGACGCAGAUCGCCUGCUCGACCAGCGGCGAACAAGUUUGCAGACUCUGCCGGAAGCAGGGAAUGAUGAGCGGCGGAGCCCUCUGCCUGCUGUGCGAAAACAGCUACCUGCCCGUGACGAGCGGCGUUUUUGGCGACAACACCCACGCCUCGCCAGACAGCGAUCAGGAGAGAGGCAGGGUCAGGAGGAGGCAGGACGACAACGACAACGUGCAAGAAAAGCCGUUCAGUCUCGGUCCGCCCCCACCGCGCCGAAGGGGGUUGGGUAGGACGGCGAAGGCGUCGCCGCGCGGGCCGCGAGGGCAGCGGAACGACAACAGCAGGGAGGUGUCUCCGACGCCGGCCAGGGUGGGAAUCGCGCGCGGCAUCAGCAUCAAGGCCGCCAUGUCGCCCAAAAAGAUCCAGCUGGUGAGCCCUGGCUUUCGGCCUGGAGGUUUUCCUGGAUUUCCGAGGACGCCGGGCGACAGUGGUGGUGCUGGAAAGUGGUCGCCCGGUCGCGACGCUAGCGCCAUGCUCAAGGCUGGACUAGCUAGCCCACUUCGGUUCGGCGAAGCGUUGGAUCCGUUGCAGCGAGACACGCCACAGGGGGAGGCGCAAGGCGAAGACGCAACAACUCUUGACGACUGGACAGAUGAUUGGGAUGGUUUCGACUACUACUUCGAACCGAAAGAGACUUCUGAGCGCAACGAGGGGAAUCUCGCUGCCGCAUUCCAGAGACAAUUACCCAACGUCGACGAGGGAAGCAGCGGAUCAGAGAGUGAAGAUCAGGUGCCUGCUCUUGAACCCUCGCCCAUCUCGCCAAUUCUAAGUAAACUGCAUGGCAGGGAGCAGACGAGGACGCCGAGAUCGGAUCAGCCGCCGGUUCGCUUCUUCAGGUCACCAGAGCCUGCUUUCUUCUGA